AUGCAGCAAGCAUUCGCCGCAGCAGAAGCAUCACGCAAAAGAAGUUUUUGGUGGUUUUCGUGGUUUUCUGGAGAAAUAAUCGCACAACAGGGCCAGGAGGAUGAGAGACGAUCCCAUACAGAAUCUUAAGAUUGUGCAGCUGGUGGAGAAAUACCCACUGCUGUACGACAACACGCUGAAGGAGUAUGACAUGAAGCAGGAGGUUGAGAAGGCUUGGAACGCCAUCGGGAGUGAACUGCGAAUGGCAGGAACGAUUGUCCGGGAUCGAUGGCGCGUGAUUCGGGGCAGCUAUGUGAGGUACAUGCGACAGCAACACGGACUCAGCGAUGGCGAAGCACCCAAGAAGCCUUACUAUUUGGCCAAUUACAUGAAGUUCGUGAAUCCCUUCCUCAAGUCUCGGGAAUCUUAUCCCGCCUUUGAGCGGAAGCGCCUCACACGGAGCCGCCGGCUGAAGUCGCCACGCGAGAAGACGACUUGUGUGAUCAGACUGAAGCGGAACAGCCCAGAGGAGUGCACAGCCGAUCAGGAAUCCCAACCAGUGGCUGAGGACAACUCGAUUUCCAUUAUUGAGCAAUACUACGAGGAUGAGCAGAACAACGUGGAGGAAUCCACGGCGAAGGAGAGCGAUCUGAAGCACGUGGAGCUGUACAACAUCGCGGAAUCCUCGUCGUCCUCCCACCGCUAUACUGUCAUCCAGACGGACAAGGGCGAGGACGUGGCCAAGAGUCCCACCAACACGGACAUCCAGUGGCAGAAGGUGGACGUGGAGGAGGACACGGCGGACCUGCACUUCCUCAAGAGCCUCCUGCCCGAGAUGGCCAAUCUGACGCCAGCGCUGAAGAACAAGUUCAAAAUCCAGAUCCUCAACUCUCUCAACAAUCUCCUGUACGGCGAAUAAAACGCCUGCCGGACAAACAAAGUGUAUCA